CCGCUAAUAUUAAUAAUCAAAAAAAUUCAAGAAUUGUGAAACUCAGAAUGCCAAAAAUACGCAAGGACGUAACAGUUUUAUCUUUAAUACUGUCAUUAUACUUGUUGGUUGCAUAUUUUUUUUAUUUAUCAAACACGAAUUAUACAAAAUACCCAAAUCUAUUGUCAAAGACCCAUGUAGACAUAAGAAAACAAAAGAAAAUAAGUUAUUAUUCAAAUGAAUUGAGAUAUAAAGAAUCUUCUCGGGAGCUUCGCAUGACUAUGUUUUCUACAAAGACUUUUGAAAAUAAACCACAAACUCUUUACGAACAUUUAGCAUUUCAAUUUCCAUAUAAAGAGCAAAGGUUUCCUGAUUAUAUCUGGCAAUUCUGGAAAUAUGAGCCCUCUGAUUCAAACUUUGAUUCUAGAUUUCUUCCAUUAGAAGCUAGCUGGAAAAAAUAUCAUAAUAGUAGUAUUUACACGAUAGUCAAAGAAGAAUAUGCACAUUAUCUUAUAAGACAUCUUUAUUUAUCCAUUCCAGAUGUUAUAAAAGCUUAUAAUGCACUUUCAACAUCUAUUCUUAAAGCUAACUUUUUCCGUUAUCUCAUUCUUUUUGCUAGGGGCGGUAUCUAUAGCGAUAUUAAUACAGAGUUAUUACUUCCUGCAUCUAAUUGGAUUUCAGAAUCGAUAGAGCUUUCUUCCAUUGGACUUAUUAUUGGUAUAGAAACUGACAUAACCAGUCGACCUGAUACAAUGCAAGAUAAUUCUGAAUUUUUUCGGUUUAGUAGUAAAACCAUUAGAGCAAAACCAGGACAUCCUGUUCUUCGAGAGAUUAUAGUAAAUAUUACUGAAGAAAUUUUGCAAAAAAAAAGCACUAGCAAAAAUUCUUUAAAAUCAACUCAAUUUAUAAAUUCCGCAUUAUGGACAAAUAUUAUUAUUGAUUAUCUCUCUUCUGAUGCUAUUAGCUCUUCUAAAGUCGAAAGUGAAAAUAUUUCAUAUUCUUACUUGUCAAAAAUUAAUAAAGAAAUGACUAUAGGUGAUAUUGUUAUUUUACCAAUUACUAGCUUUUCUCUUAAUGAAAGAUAUAUAUCGAGUAAGACUUCAGAAAGCCCUCAAGCAAUACUUAGGCAUAGCUUUAAAGAUAUCAAGGAACUUAAUUAA